UGAGGGACACCGGGCAGGCGGCUGGCACCAUGAAGAUCUGGACUUCGGAGCACGUCUUUGACCAUCCAUGGGAAACAGUUACUACAGCUGCAAUGCAGAAAUACCCAAACCCCAUGAACCCAAGCGUGGUUGGCGUUGAUGUGCUGGACAGACAUGUCGAUCCCUCUGGAAAGUUGCACAGCCACAGACUGCUCAGCACAGAGUGGGGCCUGCCUUCCAUUGUGAAGUCUCUUAUUGGUGCAGCAAGAACGAAAACAUACGUGCAAGAGCAUUCUGUAGUUGACCCGAUAAGAAGGACGAUGGAGCUCAAGUCCAUCAACAUCUCAUUUACAAAUAUGGUCUCAGUGGAUGAGAGGCUUACCUACAAGCCACACCCUCAGGACCCAGAGAAAACUGUCUUAACCCAGGAAGCCCUCAUCACUGUGAAGGGGGUCAGCCUUAGCAGCUACCUUGAAGGACUCAUGGCAAGCACCAUAUCUUCCAAUGCUAACAAAGGCCGAGAAGCAAUGGAGUGGGUGAUACAUAAACUGAACGCUGAGAUUGAAGAGUUGGCAGCAUCAGCAAGAGGAAGCAUAAGGACACCAAUGGCGGCGGCAGCAGCAUUAGUGGACAAAUGACAGUGGAAAUUGGUGUGCAGCCUCGGGGCCCCAGGACUCUCAAGCUGGCAUCAUAUCAUUUGUUAUUUAAAAGACAAUUAUUUUAGUACUUAGAAGAAAUCGGUGUUGAUCUGGAGUCUCUUAAAGCUCCUGAUACUGGAACACUACCUGGCUGUGGACCAAGCAGAACAGAGCCCAGCCACCCUCCUGUCCACACAGCUGCCCGCUGCUGUGAACCAGAACCGACUGCAUGAGGAACUCACUUUACAAACAGAAAUUGUAAAAUUUUAAGUGACAUUAAUUUGUAUAAAAUAACCUGCCCUGCUGGAAACCAGUGUUUGGAUUGGUUCUUAAAUGAUAUUUUUGGAGUGAAAAUUAGCACUAAGGUGAUAUAUGACUCCAGCAAAAAUAGUAUUCUAUUGUAUUAACGGGUACUAUAUUGAUUUGCCAAAUUUUGUGACUCAGUAAAGGCAUUCCCUUCCUUGAA